AUGGUAGAAAAUAUUAUAAAGACCAAUAUUGAUUCAACUACAUUAAAUAAAAUAGAACAAUAUAUUUCUAUACCCUUAAAAACAUUAAUCACUCCUAGAACAUCAAAUCGACGUAAAACAUGUAAUAAUAUACCAAGACCACAAAAUAAUUUUGUCUUGUAUAGAAGAAAUUUACAUGCUAUUAUUGCAAGAGAACAAGGAAGUGCUACAGCUAAAAAUUUUAAAUUAGUAUCAAAUUUAGCAGCAAAAAAAUGGGCGGAUGAAUCAAAUGAAAUUAAACAAUUAUUUGAAAUUAUUGCAGAUUGUGCAAAAAAAGUUCACGAUUAUACAUAUCCUGAAUACGUUUAUCAACCUAGAAUUCAUGGUAAAACUACUAUGAAAUUUAGACCUAUGAAUAUGGAUGAAAGCGUUUUUGAAGAAUCUACUAAAGGAGGAGGAGGAAAAGUUCGUGAACCAAAAUCUGUAGUUCCUUCACUUUUACUUACUACUUUUUCUUUGACUGAACCUACAACAGAAGCUACUCUUGAAAAAGUAAUGAACAGGUCAAAUGAAAAAUCAGAAACGAAACCAAACGAAUCACAAAAACAACAACAAUCUAGAACAAAUACGAAUAAUACAAAUCAAUUCCAACAUCAGCAACAUCAGCAACAUCAGCAACAUCAACAACAACAACAACAGCAACAGCAACAUCAACAGCAACAUCUACAGCAACAUCAACAGCAACAUCAACAACAACAACAACAACAAUCUUUUAUAGGUUAUCUUCAACCCGUUGACGUCCCGAUCAAUUCUAAUUCUAUGAUUUCUCCUUAUGAUAAACAUAUAUUAAAUUUGUUUAAAUAG